UUUUCGUUUUUCCGCCAUGUUGACUUAUGAAAUUUGAUUUCUUUUACAGAAGAGUUCCAAAGUAAUUUUCUAAUUCGGGAAGCUAUACAAGCAAUCAUGCCAGGGGCACUCAUUGACCGACCAAAGAUGACAAAGACAAUGUACCAGGCCUUGAAAAGGCAUAUAAUGAAGGAAAGAGAAAGGAAAAAACAGGCACAAGAGCAAGAUGCAAUAAUGAUGGAAAGAUUGAAGAAAGAAGAAGAGAUGAGGAAGAAAAAAGAACAAGAGGACAGUUUAACUUUGGAACAAACAAAAGAACAGAUUGCCCAACUUGACAAAAAGAUGGAAGAACUUAAGACAGAGAAGCAUGAACUGUUCUCACAGCUGAAGAAAGUUUUGCACCAAGAAGAUGAGAGUCGUAAAAAAGCUCAGUUGAAAGAACAAAGUGAGUUGCAGAUUAUGCAGCACAGUACAGUCCUAGGUCUGCCUCAUGCCAUGUCUGGUCGUCCUAUGUUAUACAGACCGCCCAGCCAACCAGCAUGGUUCAGCCAGUGAGCAUGAAAAGAGGACGUAGCCCCUCUCCCCCACACCCUCACAGUCCUAUCAGUAUAGCAACAAAAUGAUGGCUGUAGAGAAGCCACACCCUUAUCCCCACUCCACACAGCCUGACUACA